AUGAAGUUUUAUACCUCCGUGGAUAUUGAAACACAGAGACUGCUAUUGCAACAAGUCCACCAACUGGUAAUUACAAGGACCGAAGACCAAUGUUCAUUUUUAACCCCACCGCCGUUAUUGGAGGAUUAUGACGAUAUCAAAGUUAUCUAUAGACACUACGCCACGCUAUACUUCGUGUUUAUUGUUGACAACCAAGAAUCCGAAUUGGGUAUAUUGGACCUAAUACAGGUCUUCGUGGAAGUACUGAACAACUGCUUUACCAACGUUUGUGAGCUAGAUUUGGUUUUUGGAUGGCAGGUUCUGCAGGCUGCUUUGGAAGAAAUUGUCCAGGGUGGGAUGGUGAUAGACACAAACAUCAAGAAGAUAGUGGCAGCAAUCGAUAAGGCAAACCUGCAAAUCGAAAGCAGCACCGCAGGAAGUAAUUUAGCAUCAAAGGGUCUCUUUGCAUUUAAGAAACAAGCUCCCGGGUUAUUCAACGCAUGGGGUUGA